AUGGUCUCUCAAAACCCUACAGGAGCGGAGACAGACAUCUACACGCACAAGCUGUUCGACGGCUACUGGUCGCCGCCAGGGUUCUGCUUCGGGACACAGUGCAGCGACCCGCUCAUCAUCACGUCUACUGACGACUUUACCAACGUCAGGGAACGGGUGAACGUAUUCCUCCAAAGCGUGCAGUUUCGUCAGGCGCCAUACUAUACCACCCGCAACGUGAUGGUGAUGAUGGGGCAGCGAUGGGGGUACUACGAUGCUAGUGUAUGGUUCGCUAACAUCGACAAACUCAUCGGCUCCCUGAACCGCUACAACUUGGUGGGUGGCGUGGCGGUGAACGCGUUUUAUUCCACCCCCGCCUGCUAUCUGAAGGCUGUGUACGAGGAGAACCCAAAACUCCAAACGAAGCAAGACGACUUCUUCCCGUUCGCCUACGACAAGUCGUCAUACGCCACGGGCAUGUACUCGUCGCGUCCCGCUCUCAAGUACUUAGCCAGAGAGGGACACAGGAUACUACAGAUCUCCAAACAACUUCAUGUCACUGCUAGGAUGGGAAACUACAACAAGUUAUUUGAAGAUAUGUCGUGGAUUAAUGGAGUAUUCCAAGACCACAACAUCAUAUCAGGCGCGCUGAGGCCGCACGUCAUGGAUUACUACGUCGACAAGAUGGCUUCUGUCAUCGACUUGGCCAUGACCACCAUCAUAAAGAACGGGUUAAAUGUGCUUCGCAAGAGUCCAGCAGAGACCAACUACAAUAGAUGCCAUUUCAACAUAUCCAGGUGCCCUUACACCGGAGGCCCUCACUAUUUUAUAGUGGUGUACAACCCCCUGGCAUGGAACGUCAGUACAACCGUGAGACUGCCCAUACAACCCAUCGACUACACAGUGUACACUCCAAGAGGCACAACCGUCAGGGCAGCGAUGGCUCCCAUCCCAGAUAACGUGCGACGGCACCCCGCAAGGAAAACGCGGGCUUUCUACGAAUUAAUAUUUUACGCGGAGGACAUACCCCCUAUGGGGUUCAGGUCAUACUGCAUCCAAAAGUCCACCCUAGGCUGGGAUCGUCCAAAGCGUUCUUUAAUCAAGAAAAUCAACCAGAAUAAGCCAAAAAAAUACCUAGUCAGGCAAACCAAUCCUUCCACCGACGACGUUACUUUAUUUGGAGAAAACGAACCUGAAUACAUGGAAUAUGACGAAUCCACCACUCCUAGAUUAGAAACCAAGAUAGUCUUUGGAAAUGUCAGCAAAAUAGACUACGAAAGUCGUUUCACUGGAGUCCUCACUCCCAAGAGUAGAAUUGAAGCCGUAUCUUCAACUACAGAAAGUAUAACUACAAAAACAACUACAGAAACUACAGAGAGAACUACGGAGAGAGUGAGUAGGACUACGAGGAAGACAGAGUCGGAAGAUGAAGAGGAUAUAAACAGAGAUUUAUACAAACAUGUUUCGCCUAAAGGGUAUAUACCAAAAGAUAGUAGGAAUCCGUAUUUUAAUAAUAAGUACAUCCGAGUAAACCUAGACAGUAAGAAUCGCAUCUACAGCGUGCUUUUAGCGAACGGCGUCAAAAUACACUUGGACAUAAAAAUGUUUUUCUACGUAUCCGACGACCCCGACAAGAAAGAUAAAAAAAUGAACUCCCCAGGGGCAUAUUUAUUCAGAACUAUGGAUGAAAAGCAAGAAGAAAUAAACGAUAUUUUUAAUGUCACUGUGUAUAAGACUGGAUUGCAUUAUGAGUAUCAUUGCAAGCUUGCAGAUUAUGCGGCGUACGUUGUGAGGUUGUAUGCCAAUAGUUCUGUGUUGGAAGUGGACUGGAUGGUCGGGCCUGUAUCCGUGGAAGAUGGGUUAGAAACUGAAGAAAUUAACGCUUCAAUCCCCAAGCGGUAG